AUAUAAACAAUAGCGGCGUGAGGAACGUGCUCGUUCAAAGCCUCUUAUGGACCUAAUCUUUUUCUUCACUUGACAACUCCAAGCAAAAAAAAAAAACAAAGUUCUCCACGAUAGUAUUUCUAAAUUCAUCAACUUUUAGCGGAGAACACCUAGCCUUUUUGGGUAACAUACACAGAGAUGGACGAAGAACGACUUCAGUUUGCCAAACGCCAUUCUUUUCCGUAUAUGAAAGUAUACACAUGGAAUAUUUUGAAAUCGGGAUCGUCGAAUGAAGUAGAAAUAGAAAUGCCAAAAGCGGAUUCUGUUCCUGUUAUUAAUUCUGAAGGGACAAGCGAGGAAAGAGAGUCUCGUCUAGAAGCAGCGAUUUUGUGGAUCCGAAAGGAAUUGGCUGAUAUGCGGCAUCAGGAUAAGUACCUCACAAGGCAGUUCAUUCAACUGAGAGCCACAAUCCAACGUAUCAAGAGCGAGAGUUUGCUCGAUGGGUUGGAAGGAAACACCGACAAGCUGAAGGAAACUUCUUUCCGACAUUCGAUACCUGGAUCUACAAUUCGACCGUCAUUCGGUAGAAGUAUAUCUUACAUGUAGUAGAACGUUGUUCCUUUGUCACGCGCAAGGACGUGUUGCGUUAUAACUCUUGGUGUGACGAAGAGAAAGUUGGAAAACAUCAAGUUAUAAGUUAAGCUAUACGUGCUUUCUUACCGUAGAAAUGUCCACGUUUGUGUUCACAAGUACGUUAAAAAAGAGUAAUUCUCGAUCGAGGCUAACCAAUAAAUAAAUAAAUAAAUGACAGUAGCAAAAACAAUUUCACUUAUUUUCCUUUAUUAUACAUCAUUCCACGUUAAAUCAUCCCUAUCUGGUAGGUAAAUUUGUGUCAUAUUAUAUUUUCUUUUACAGCAACUUUAAUUUCAUAUAAUUUUGUAACAGCAUCAUUCAAUACUAUUUCGUGAAAACAGUUUUCUUUAAGUUAAAUGAAAAUAAUCCUUUAUUCACCAUAAUCACAAAAAAUUAUAACAAA